UACAGUGCUGCCAUUGUGCAAGAUUAUGGCAGCUUCCGAGUGAAAGUGAAGUUGCAGCACAGCUGCGAUCGCCUGGUCUUGGUCAAAUGUCAGGCCCAGGACCACGCGAUUCCCAAAGUGAUCCGCAAAAUGUGUCACAGUUGUGUCCAAAUUCCGCUGCCCCUGCGGAGCGACGCAAGGUCCGGGCUGAACAUGGGCAUGGAUUGCCCUCGUUCUCGUUGUUACAGAGCCAACGGAGAAUGGGAUGCCCAAUUGUUGCAGAUCGCCGUGUUGACCGUUGCUUCAUGCUUUUUCGCUUGCUAUGCAUUCUGCCAGCAUGCGUGAGAGGCCUAGACGUGACGCCAGUGGUGGAUGCCUUCUCUGCGCACCCGGGGACUGUCUUUGAGGAGAUUGACCUCACUAAUCCGUCACCUGAGGAUGUAGAGGUGGAGCUCAAGUUCUCCAGGUCAAGACCUUCAGAGAGAAGGUUGGCAAGUACGCCAGCCCUGCAAGGGCACCAGGAUUCGCAAAACUGCGCCAGCCCGAGCAGGUUGCUCGCCCGUUUCCACCAAGUGGAAGGCGAGAAACAUGGCGUUUUUCGCCGGAGGCUACAAGAGGACCUCCGAAGUUCCUUCGCAUCGUGGUGGCACCUGCCCAACCUCGAUAUGGAGAUUCUGGAUUUUUGUGGCACGCCAGCCGAAGAGCUGAGUCGAGUGCGCGAGAAGUUUGGCUCGAUGCUGGAAUUUGUGGAGAUGGAUCAGCAAGUUUACCCCAGCAGCAAACCCAACGAUGCUGAGUGGCACAAACUCUGGGGUUUGGGGCACGUUGGAUCCGUAGAUGCUUGGUCGCGGCUAAGCCACUUGGGCUUGGACAGCCAAGAGACGGUGGUUGCAGUCAUUGACACAGGGAUUCAAAUGAAUCACCCAGAUCUAAAGGAUUCACUAUGGAGGAAUCCAGGUGAGAUCCCAGACAACGGCAUAGAUGAUGAUGGGAAUGGCUUCAUUGAUGAUGUCCAUGGCUAUGACUUUGCAGGCGAAAAAGGAAACCCAGAGGAUGACAAUGGCCAUGGCACCCAUUGUGCUGGAAUUAUAGCAGCUACUGCCAACAAUAGUGUUGGAAUCACCGGGGUCGCCAGCAGAUUUGGCAAGGUUCGCCUGAUGCCAUUGCGCUUCAUUGAUGCGAGUGGGUCUGGAGGAAGCGUUUCGGGCGCGAUCCGGGCGCUGGAGUAUGCAUUGUCUUUCGGGGUACCUGUAUCAUCAAGCAGUUGGGGAGGUCCAGAUACCUCCGAUGCACUGAAGGUGGCCAUCCAGCGAGCUACAGAGGUAGGGCAUUUGUUUGUUGCGGCUGCUGGCAAUAGUGGGAGAAGCAUUUCAGAUGGAACCUAUUAUCCAUGUGUUUACAGGCAAGCCGGAGUCCUGUGCGUUGCGGCAACCGAUCGCUCAGACAAUCUUGCCUCAUUCUCCAACUAUGCCACCGAAUAUGUGGAAAUUGCUGCCCCGGGAAUUGAUAUCUAUAGCACGUGGACAGGGUCCAGGUACGAGUGGCAGUUCGGAACGUCUAUGUCUACUCCAUAUGUUUCUGGGGCAGCGGCACUGGUGGUCAGUGAGUUUGGCUACAGCGGCUCACACAUCAGGCAAUUGCUGCUUGAGUCCGCUGUCUCCCACGAGAAGCUGAAAGGCAAGGUGGAUGGAGGCCGCUUGGAUGUUAUGAAUUUGAUCCGCAUGGCUGAGUCUGCUUACAACUUGGUUCGUGGCCGAUGGGGACCGGACGGCGACCUUGCGCGUGACUGUCCCCGCGAAGAAUUCCACCAGUGUGAGACUCCAACUGGGGUCCGUUGGCCUUUCAGCCGGCAUCCACCAAGCGCAAGUGAAUGUCAGCUGGCUGGGAGGUGA